GGUGGAGUCGGCCAGGGCUGUGCGUUCCCAAAAUAUGACCAGGGGUGCUUGGAUGUGUCGGCAGUAUGACGACGGCUUAAAAAUCUGGUUGGCAGCACCCCGGGAGAACGAGAAACCGUUCAUCGAUUCAGAGAGGGCUCAGAAAUGGCGACUGUCUCUGGCAUCUCUCUUGUUUUUCACAGUCCUGCUCUCUGAUCACUUGUGGUUCUGCGCCGAGGCCAAGCUGACCCGGACCCGGGACAAGGAGCAGCGGCAGCAGCAGCAGCAGCGGCGGCAGCAGCAGCAGCAGCGGCAGCGGCAGCAGGAGCCCUCCUGGCCCGCGCUCCUGGCGAGCAUGGGGGAGUCCUCGCCCGCCGCCCAGGCACACAGACUCCUCUCCGCCUCCUCGUCCCCCACCCUGCCCCCCUCCCCGGGAGACGGCGGCGGCGGCGGCAAGGGCAACCGAGGCAAAAACAACCGGAGCAAGGCUCUUUUUCUAGGAAACUCUGCCAAACCCGUGUGGCGCCUGGAGACUUGUUACCCCCAGGGCGCCUCCUCGGGCCAGUGCUUCACGGUGGAGAGUGCGGACGCCGUGUGCGCCAGGAACUGGAGUCGGGGGGUGGCGGCCGCGGGGGAGGAGCAGCAGGUGAGGGGGACGCAUCCAACUCCGCUCUGGAACUUGUCGGAUUUUUACCUUUCGUUUUGUAAUUCCUACACACUUUGGGAGUUGUUCUCGGGGUUGUCCAGUCCCAACACUUUGAACUGUAGUCUGGAUGUGGUGCUCAAGGAGGGCGGCGAGAUGACCACUUGCAGGCAGUGCGUCGAGGCUUACCAAGACUACGACCACCACGCUCAGGAGAAAUACGAAGAGUUUGAGAGUGUGCUCCAUAAAUAUUUACAGUCGGAGGAGUACUCGGUGAAAUCGUGUCCUGAGGACUGUAAGAUUGUCUACAAAGCCUGGCUGUGUUCCCAGUACUUUGAAGUCGCUCAGUUUAACUGCAGAAAGACAAUUCCUUGCAAGCAAUACUGUUUGGAGGUUCAGACGAGGUGUCCGUUUAUAUUGCCCGACAAUGAUGAAGUCAUCUACGGGGGACUGUCCAGCUUCAUCUGUACAGGGCUCUACGAAACCUUUCUAACCACCGAUGACCCCGAGUGCUGUGAUGUCAGGAGAGAAGAGCGCCCGAGCAAGCCCUCCGGAGGGACGCUGGGGACCAGCAGCCCCUGUCCCAGGACGUCCCUCACGGUGUCCGCAGCAGCCAGACUGGGCAACGGCAGACUCAAACUGUGCGUGCUCGUACUCAUUCUCCUGCACACAGUGCUCACGGCCUCCGCGGCGCACAACGGCACGGCGCUGGGCUGGGGGGGCCUCCACGCGCUGGAAGAGAGCUCGCCGCGCGACGAGUAGCCCGGGAGGGGCCCCGGCGCCGUGGGGACACACGGGGUGCUGUGACCCUCCCGCCGCUGCCCGCCCACGAGGCCUUUAGGGUAGAACCGAAGAAGAUGGGCCUGGAUCCAAACGAGGACACAAACACAGCUUUUUAUUGACUAAAAGGCUGUAAAGUGACUUAAAUUUCUCACACCAUUUUAUACACUGUGUUUUAAUGUUUGGAGGUUUUAUUUGCUUUCCUUUGGUUUGGGUUUAUUUGUUCGUUUAAUUUUUUGCACUUGUUAAUACAGGAUUUAUUUUUGGGGAUGGUUUCUCAGAGGUAAACUAAGUCUUCAGUCUCUUUCUCUCUCUAUAUAUAUAUAUUUCUAGUCAUUGUGUGUUUCAUCAGGUAGUUCUGUCUCUCUGUCCUGUCAGUUUCUAUUAGAGGAAUGAUCGCUAUGACCUCACGGUAUAGCAAAAUACAACAACAACAAAAAAAAAUCAUAAAAGACAAAAAAGACAAAAAAAAGAAAACAACAGAAAAUACAAAUAAAAAAACCCCCCCGAACUCUUCGCUCCUGCCUCCCGAACCGACUGCCCUCCCCAGCCUCCCCGGCCUCCCCGGCCUUCCCACUGUCCUUGGCCUCCCCGCCUCCCUGCCCCCAGCAGACAACAUGGCUUGCUUCUGUCUGUCUGUGCAGCCUCAGUGCGGGCGCGCACGCUCCAGGCUCCGGGCCGCCGCGGCCACCCCGCUGGGAGCAGAACAAGAGUGCUCUCCAUGGUAGGCGGAAUCAGACAGUUAACACAUUUUUUUAUGUUGACAACAAAAUAAAAGCAAAGAAAACCACCAUGAACUACGUUGCUCCAGCUCCCCUUCCCCUAGGCCCCGAGGCCUGUCCCUCCUCGCCAGUUGUCAGGUGGCUGGGGGCCCCCCCGAGUCAGGAUGGGGGCACAUUUCGGCGCUUGUGGGCCCUUGAAUGGCAACAAAGGGACUGAGGACACAAAUCUGGGUUUCUUUCUCCUCCUGUGUGGUCGCGGAGGAGACGGUAGAGACACUCCAACACUUGCAGCUUACAGAAUAUAUACGGUUUUACCCCAGUAUCUCCCCAACCCAUGAUUUCAAAUUAUUCCAGGUAUAAAGUGUAUGCAAUUCUGCAUUAUCACAAAAGAACUUGUUUAAAAAAAAAUAGGUUAGCCAUUUUCAUUCAAGUGCGAAAACUUUUGUCACUUCGAACACGCUGUAGAUAGUCGAUGAGAAGAGGAGAAAUCAGGUCGCUCUGUUUGUAUUUUUUCUUUUUGUGGGAACAUUUCACCUGCUGAGUGUAUAUGAAUUUGCUUUCUAAAAAAAAGGCUUUUAUGAGUUUACAGUAGAAUCAGUGGAAGGAAGAGUUCAUAAGGGCUGUUUUUAAAAAAAACAAACAAACAAAACAAAUAAUUAAAAAAAAAACACUUUACAUUCCUUCCUAUACUCUAACUACAUUUGGGAAGUGCACUUCAGUUGUGUUUGCUGUGUAGCUGGGAGAUGAAGGAAAACCAUAGAAAAGGUCCUCGUAGCGAACAAAAUUUAGUUAUUAACUUUAUAGCUAUGAAAUUCCCCCUGGCAUUGGUUUUUGUUCAAACAAACUUUAAUCUCUGCAUCAUACUUAACCCUGCGACAUGCGUACAGUAUGCAUAUUUUGUUUUGAAUAAAAAAAAAUGUUUUGUUCCAGUCUGUUAAGAAUAUUCAAAAAAUAAUAAAGGUAUUGCUUAAUAAAAUUGCUAGAAUUGUUUAGCAGUUCAUGCA